UAGCGGAUUCUGAUUUAUAUUAAUAAAAUGCUGCCUAACGUUUUCUAAAAUAAAAUAAAAUAAAUAAAUAAUAAUAAAUCUAAUUAAACAUAUUGUCAGUUUGUAAUUAUAAAUUUGGGUGAAGAAAGUUAGAACACUGUAAUGUAGGUGUCCAAAGCUUCCAUUACCAUUUUCAUGGCUGCAAAAACCAGUCGGCCAUGGCAGCCCUUCACAGCUCUUAGAAAACACACACUCUCUUUCUCUCUCCAAAUUACCAUCAUGAAAUCUCCAUUACAACUACCCUCAAAUCUUUCCACCCCCACUAUCUCUCUCCUUCUUCCCCAUCACUUCACUUUCACAACCUCAAUUUCUCCUUCAAAUUCCACCCUAUUCCUUAAACCUCGCACAAUUUCCCCCCUUCAUUCCUCCAAUCGUCGCAAUUUACAAACACUUUGUUAUUUAAAUUCAUCAACUCAAUUCAAAAUUCCCAUUUCAAUCACUCAGAAAUUACAAGUGCAACAAUUUGACUCCGAAAAUCGAUCUGAAUUUGUUGAAAUUAAGAACCCUAAUGUUCCGCCUUUCGUCUCAUCGUGGCGUUUGAAGUUCAGUUUGAGUGACCAAGCUUUCUUCCUAUUAACAUUUAUCGCUUGCACGACUUCUGUGGCAUUUGUCAGCUUUGUUGCUGCAGCUGUUCCUACCUUGUAUGCUAUGGGAAGAGCUGCUAAUUCUUUUGCAAAGCUAGCAGACACUGCUCGAGAGGAGCUGCCCAGUACAAUGGCAGCUAUUAGACUUUCAGGCAUCGAAAUCAGUGACCUUACUGUGGAACUGAAUGACUUGAGCCAAGAGAUAUCAGAGGGAGUCAAUAAAUCCGCACAAGCAGUUCAAGCAGCCAAACAUGGAAUGCAGCAGAUUGGCUCUAUUGCUCGUGAUCAGACUAUGUCAAUGAUUGAGGAGAGAGCGAACCUUCCUGCCAUCUCAUUUCAACCUGUUGUAUCUGGCGCUGCAAAGAAGACCUCCCGUGCUGUUGGCCAUGCUACAAGAACUUUAAUGAAUUUAAUUUCUAGAGGAGAGUCCAUUGCGGAAAACAACGAAUGAUCCAGCUGACAGAAUCUCUGACCGCCGAGUCAAUUCCCAAAUAUAAAGAUAGUAUUGGCAUCUCAGUACAUGUUAAUGAGUCUGCUCUAACCUGCUCUGUGAUGAAGGGCCAGAAGAGGGUAUUGAGAUGCAAAUGAAAACCACGGGGAUGGUAAUGCAGGUAAUUUAAGGAAUGACCAAUUAUAUCUGCAAUGAAAUUCUAUGUACUUCUUUUUAGAUGUAUAUUUACUUGAGAAGUAUGCAUUGUUCAAGCAAUCUAAGGUUUUUCUUAUUAUCUGUUUGUGUACCAUAUAUCUUUUGUGUUGCACAUACGAUGAUCUACAUUAUGAUUUCUGUUGGAAAUCUAGUUUUGAUCAGUUAAAGCUUUU